AUGAUUGCUUCUUUAUCUUUUAAGGUAAAAAUUGAAGUGAUAGAAUUAGACGAUGAAGAAGAUAUCAAGCCAAACAGAUUGGAUUUCUCGACUAUCAACUCUUCAUUAAGAAGCUCAGCUGGUCCAGAGCCGUUGAGAAUUGUUCAGAAUCCUAACCAAGAUGAUAUAGUGACGAAGUUCCAAGUUCUAAACGUUGUGUACGUAGCUGAAGCUUUAAAGCAAAUGCGUUUCGCCGUAGGAUCAUGCCGAAAAACUAUACAGGGUAUUGUUGUGGAUAUUGUUAAUCCUUUGCGGAUUGUUGAUGAUCUGUGGACCAUGAAGGUCACAAUUCAGGAUGUAUCCAUUGAUAACUUCACAUGCAUCAUUGAUAAUCCAACUCUUUCAUCAUUGAUCGGCUUGACACCGAAAGAGGCAUUGGAAAUUCGAGCCUCUUCUGACAUGAAUCGACGUCAAGACGCUCAACGGCGUCUUGCCGCAGUAGAAGAGCAGCUAAGGCGGUUAGACUUACUGCUAGAUGUUGAGUUGUUUAGUGGCGCUCGAGCAGACCCAGUAAUUCGUAAUAUCCGUACGCUUAUGCAGGCAUUGGAUGUGCUGUAA